CAAUCUCCGGCCUUUGACGAACUCAACCAACAACCACGUCCUCGCUCAACUUGCGAAUCCUUUCCCGUACGACUUCUUGCAGGUGAUUGAGAGCGAGAUGUCGACCUUCGAGCCCGUCGUUGUCAUCGACGGCAAGGGACACUUGCUCGGUCGUCUCGCCAGUACAGUCGCGAAGCAACUCUUGAAUGGCCAGAAAAUCGUCGUCGUGAGAUGCGAGGCCCUCAACAUCUCUGGCGAAUUCUUCCGUGCUAAGCUCAAGUACCAUGCCUACCUCCGCAAAAUCACUCGCUACAACCCAACCCGAGGUGGCCCCUUCCACUUCCGCGCCCCCGCCCGCAUCUUCUACAAGACCGUCCGAGGCAUGAUCCCCCACAAGACCGCCCGCGGUGCUGCCGCUCUGGAGAGAUUGAAGGUCUUUGAGGGUGUCCCCCCGCCAUACGACAAGAAGCAACGCAUGGUCGUUCCUCAGGCAUUGAGGGUCCUCAGAUUAAAGCCCGGAAGGAAGUACUGCACGGUGGGAAGAUUGGCGCAUGAGGUGGGAUGGAAAUACCAGGAUGUGGUCGCGAGACUCGAGGAGAGAAGAAAAGUCAAGGGCGCCGCUUACUACGAGCGGAAGAAGGCCCAACGAAGACACCUUGUCGAGGCGACCAAGUCGACCGCAGAUGGGGAGGCAAAGAAGAAGUUGGCCGAGCUGGGCUACUAAGCCAUCCACCAUUCCCACUUUCUUGUCGAAAAUCCUGUCGCGCGUCGUUGCCCGUAUCAACGCCUACGGUCCUUUAUCUACAGUCCUCUAUCUAUGGCCGAGGCGUGUGGCGGGGUCAUGUUGAGCAUAGACACAGCAAAGGAAAGAGAUCUCGGACAGUGAGCAGAAAUGGGGCGGAGCGUACCUGGUAGAGCGGUUGGCACGAUGGGCACAUUUCUUUAAUCGACAGUUCGGGAAUCACACAAUGUUCCACGCUCGAUGCAGAAAUUCAGCUGGCAUUGUUGUAUGUAUUCAGUCUGUUGGGCGGUGGCAGCGAAGAGAACCAUGGUUGCUUUGAAAAAACGCCACCCAGGAGUUAUGAGCUUUUCGUGGCCUUUGAAAGUGCUUCAGCUACGGAUUUUUCAUGAGCACCAAAAAGAAAGAAACUGAUGAAACAAAUUUCCUGUCUGAGAAGUCUAUCCCCUUCAACAAAUCCAGAAGAUCCAGGUUCCUGUUCGCUUUGUGAAACUAGCCUCUGAUGUGCAUGUCGUUCCUGAUCAGGGCAUCACACUGCUGGCUUGCUCGUCCCACGAGUCCCAUUCCGCGCAUGUCCAGAUAAGCAUCUCAAAGGUUGUAUGUAUUGUGGAAAUCUCAGCCCUCAGGACCAUUAUGCCGUGCCACCUCGCAAACCAAAAAGAAAAGAGAAAUAUCCCCACCAUCAUGAGCCAGAAAACCCUUCGUAUACCUCACACCGUUGAACUUCAGGACCACGUAUUUGCAUCGUUCGUAUGAGCAGCAACGUUCACCGAGCACGAGCAAGGUACCCGACUGUCCCCGUCCCCGUCUCCGUCUCCAUCAACAUCAUCAUGCGUCACACUUGUCAUUGAGGAAAACUGAACGACGUCCCCAACCCGUUACUUAGCCG